AUGCCCGAAAGCCCGGCCAAACGGCGCAAAAAGAACGACAAGUCCGGAUCUCCGAGCAAAGGACCUACUCUCGACUUCUUCUUUGGACGAAAACAACCUGUUCCCUCGAAGUUAAAGCUGGUUUCUGAUGCUGAGUCAAACGAAGGACUCACUGAUGAAGAGCUAGCACGGAAACUUCAUGAACAGUGGGCAAAGGAGGAUGCUUUGUUAUCCGGUCGGUCACCAAAAGAUGCAGACAUCGGAGAGUCGUCGCAGAGAUCGGUCUCAGCAGAGCAAGAGGCUAAAGACCGAGAGCUUGCUAAGAAACUCCAGGAAGAAGAAGCCGAACGGAGUGGAUCUGGGAAAGAGGAGGUUGUAGCAUACUAUCCUCCGGAAAGCUCCAAAAGAGGGGAGCAGGCAGGACCAUCCAAGCAAACAGCUCCUACUCCUCCUCCUCCUACAGAUACAAAGAUUCAAUUGGAGAAUAAACCCGAGUGGGAUAAACUAAUCGACGAGCUUCCCUUUGACACAGACCCGUUAUCGUUUAAUCCUGAUGACUAUAGGGCCCUUGUUCAAAGCUUGCCAGAUGGAAGAUUGUCGUAUGGUCUACUAACUCGCGCCUUCGUCCUCAUAAACUCUACAAGAUCUCGUAUUAAGAUCGUAGACACCCUUACGAAUUUUUUGAGAACAGCUAUCGCCUGUGAUCCCUCUUCCCUUCUACCUGCUGUCUGGUUAACUACAAACGACAUUGGCCCGCCACACGAGCAGACCGAACUCGGAAUUGGUGGCUCAGUUAUCAGUAAAGCUCUUAUAAAAGUAGGCGGGUUAGACCAAAAAGGCCUCCGUACUCUUUACAACAAGUAUGGAGAUGCGGGGGAUGCUGCGUUCGAAGCAAAAGUCAGGCAGAGAACAUUACAAUUGCGGAAGCCGGUACCGUUGACCGUUAAGGAUGUAUAUUCUUCCCUGGUCAAGAUAUCGCAGUCAAAAGGAACCGGAUCCCAAGAGGUCAAACAAAGGAUUGUUGAAAGGCUCCUCGUCCAGUCUAGAGGAGAAGAAGUCCGAUACCUUGCCCGUACUCUGGUGCAGCACCUACGAAUCGGGGCGGUAAAAACGACAAUGCUCAUUGCCUUGUCCCGAGCAUUCCUUAUGACACAUCCUCCGAAUGCUUCAAACCCGGCUCCAAAUCCGCCUUCCACAUUAUCAAAGUUAUCAAAGGAAGCAAAAACGGAAAUAUUUUCUGCAGCAGAAGAAAUCGUCAAAGCCUACUUCGCUAGAUGCCCAAAUUACAACGAAAUAGUUCCUGGUCUGCUCACUGCUGGCCUAGCAGGGCUUAAGGACGUCUGUAAAUUGACAGUUCACACCCCGUUAAAACCGAUGUUAGGAAGCAUUACUCGGGACCUCCCAGGAAUGCUUGGUAGGUUAGGAUCUCGAGCAUUCACCGUGGAGUACAAAUAUGACGGACAAAGAGCACAAAUCCAUUGUGAUGAAAAAGGCAGAGUCUCAAUAUUCAGUCGCCACUUGGAGAAUAUGACGGAGAAGUAUCCAGAUCUAGUGGCCUUGAUCCCUUCAAUCAGAGGCCCUAAUGUUACGACUUUUAUCAUGGAAGGGGAAGUGGUAGCGAUUAAUAGCGACACCGGCGACCUCAAGAAUUUUCAGACGCUAGCCUCUAGGGGGCGGAAGGAUGUUACUAUUGGGACUGUUCAAGUUAAUGUUUGUAUGUUUGCAUUCGAUUUGAUGCAGUUAAACGGAGAGGAGCUACUUGGGAAGCCGUUCCGCGAGCGACGGAAAUUGCUAAGGGAGGAAUUCGUCGAGGUUGAGAAAAGAUUUACUUGGGUCAAAAGUCUAGAUGCAACUGCUGACGACCAAGAUGCUGUGAUCGAGUUCUUUAAGGGUAGUUUGAAAGAAAAGUGCGAGGGAGUUAUGGUUAAGCUACUCGAUAAUGAAGUGCCAGCUGAAGAUAACGGAGCUCUCGAAACUGACGCUACCGAUCUCGAUACCCUAGUCGAGGAGUUACAGAAAAAGCCCGAUUCCAAGGGGAAGUCUGCUAAAGGUAAAGAGGGUAAGAAAGGCGGUAGAAGGAAGCCUUUGCUAGCGACAUACGAGCCCGAUAAGCGAUUGGAAUCUUGGUUGAAAGUAAAGAAGGAUUACGAUGCAUCUACUGAUACGUUAGAUGUCAUACCGAUCGCCGGGUGGCAUGGUAUGGGUAGGAAAAGCAAAUGGUGGUCUCCUAUUCUACUAGCUGUUCGGAAUCCCGACACUGGUUCGCUCGAAGCGGUGUGUAAAUGUAUGUCCGGAUUCACAGACGCCUUUUACCAAGAAAUGAGGGAGAAGUAUUCAGAGGACGGCGAAAAUACCACGAGAACGAAGAAGUCAUAUAUCGAAGCCCCAGAGUUGCACCCAAAUGUCUGGUUCGAGCCCCAAGAGGUCUGGGAAAUCGUUUUCGCGGACAUUACUCUUAGCCCCAAUUACACUUCUGCGAUUGGAUUAGUGUCAGAAGAAAGAGGCCUUUCGCUGCGAUUCCCAAGGUUUCUGCGCAAGAGAGAGGAUAAGAGUAUAGAGGAAGCGAGUACAAACGAGGAUCUUGCUGCAAUGUAUCGGAAGCAGCUGAGCGGCGGGAAAUCUGCAGAAGGCGGUGGAGGAGACGAUGCCGAAGGAGACUUUGACGAAUAG